UCAUAAUCGUCGUAUCUAAGCAACUUGUUGGUAAGUCAGGUGUUGGUUUCUAUCGUCAGGUGCUGGUGGACUUUUUAAAGGAAACCUAAUACGUUUGUUUAUUUAUCCAUCAAUUCCGAUUCCAUUUAGCUCCGUUGCUUUCAUUUAUUUCUAAGAUGUUGGUGCUAGUUCUUGGUGAUUUGCACAUUCCACAUCGCUGCAAUAGCAUGCCUAAUAGAUUUAAGAAACUUUUGGUACCUGGCAAGAUUCAGCAUAUUUUAUGUACAGGUAAUCUAUGUACAAAAGAAUCAUUUGAUUACCUGAAGACAUUAGCUAGUGAUGUUCAUGUCGUGCGUGGAGACUUUGAUGAAACUCUUAAUUACCCUGAGCAAAAAGUGGUGACUGUUGGCCAGUUUCGGAUUGGUUUGUGUCAUGGACAUCAAGUAGUGCCAUGGGGGGAAACAGAAAGUUUAGCUAUGGUACAACGGCAAUUAGAUGUAGACAUUCUCAUUUCAGGCCACACCCAUAUAUUUGAUGCUUUUGAACAUGAAAACAAAUUCUACAUUAAUCCAGGAUCGGCCACUGGAGCUUAUAAUCCCUUGGAAAAUAAUGUCAUUCCUUCAUUUGUGAUUUUGGACAUCCAGCAGUCAACUGUAGUUGCCUAUGUCUAUAAGCUGAUAAAUGACGAUGUUAAAGUGGAGAGGAUAGAAUAUAAGAAGUCAUAGAAAAUAUUGUUAUUUAUAGAUAAAGAUAUAUGAAGAGAAUAUAGACUUAUGGUGGAGUUUUGUAUAUUUUAAAAGCCUGACUACAACGGUGGAAGUAAUUCUACUGAAGACUUCUGAAGAACACCAGGACUGAUUAAGAAUAUAAGCCAAGCAAACAGCUCAUCUUCUCAACUGUGACAGAUUUACAGUUAUGGCGAGGGUUUGUUAAUAUGGUAUAACGAUAGCAUCAUCUGGUAAAAAUAUCCCCAAUUAUUUGUAAGGAAAUCUACUUCUUAAAUUCCUACUCAUUCUGGCUGCAUGUACAUCUCUAAUGAUUUAACUGUAACAAUACACACACACACACAUACAUAUAUAUAUAUGUGUGUGUGUGUGUGUACACACAUGAUCUUUAUCCAAUUUAUAUAUGUAUCUGACUGAAAUAUGUGACCAUAUUAGUAUACAUAUAUACAUAUGUAUAUAUAUAUAUUGAAACACAUGAGCAUAUUAAAAAUUGUAAUCUACCAUAGUUGUUUUUAUAACUGCUAUUACUUGUCAGCUUUUUUAGUAUUUAAAAUAAUCUACAAAAACAACAAGAACAAUGUUAAAAAUCUGCUCUACCAUUGACAUUACUGGUUCAUUGUUAACAUGAUCACCACCUUUCCCUUAACUGACCAAAUGGUCGUUUUUUUUCUGACUGAAUGAAAAUGGUUACCUAUAAACAAAUAAACCUCUAUAAAGUACUGUUUCA